AAAACCGCGAAUGAAUUACAAGAAAUGUGUUGCUUAGUGAAAAAGUUGAAAAUUUAUUUUAAAAAGAGAGUUAAAUUUAAGUAAUUUUAGUUAGUCUCAUUUUAACAGUGAAAUUGGCCUUCAGUUUUUUUGUAACGAUAGGAAAAACAUUUUUAAAUAUGGCUUCGUAGUACCAAACUUUCUUAUGGCUAGAAUGGAAAUGUAGGCCAAUACGACAUACGUGUAUUACGGUUAAGUGGCAAUGUUUCGUCAUGAAGUGCGCAAGAAGUACUUCACUUGAGAUGUCGAGGUGAAUGCAGACACGACCGACCCUGCGCUGGUGUCAGGUGUGUUGUCGCAGGCGAUGGCCAACGGCGUGUGCAUAGAGCAGGACCCAGCGAGGCCUCGGCUGGUUCAGACGGAGAUACUGUCCGUGAAGGAGGAGAUCAAGAGUGAAGACGAGGCUGAUGGAGUACCCGCUCCGGCCGAGGCAGUCGAGAGCAGGGUGGCGGUGAAGGAAGAGGUAACCGUAGAGGACUUCCAGGCGUGCGAGCAGCUAGCAGCAGCAGCAGCAGCAGCCGCGCUCUCAGGGUGCAAGGAAAGCAGCGAAUGGCUGUCUAUGGAUGAAGAGCAGACUGAGGAUGAAAAAAACUCAACUUUAUCAGUUUGUGUGAAUAACCGUUUAUUACAUCAACAAUCAUGUUCUUCAUUUCAGUCAAGUCAUUUGAAGACUCUGGGAUUGAAUGUGGGGAGGCGUACCCAAGGAUUGAAGCAAUUGUUGAAUCACAAGAUGUGUCCAGGUGUGAUUGAUAAUAAUACUAAUGCAAAACACAAAGUAGGGAGAUCCUUAUCAUUUUCACAAUGUUCUGCUAAGUUCAGUACAAAUAGUUACCUUAAGAUACAUACGAGAAUACACACAGGUGAAAAGCCGUUUUCAUGUUCAUUGUGUUCUUCUAAGUUCACUGGAAAGAGUUCACUUAAAGUUCAUGUAAGAAAACACACUGUUGAAAAGCCAUUCUCAUGUUCAUUAUGUUCUGCUAAGUUCAGUACGAAUAAUUACAUUAAGGUUCAUAUGAGAAUACACACAGGUGAAAAACCAUUCUCAUGUUUAUUUUGCGAUGCUAAGUUCAUAAAAAAUAGUUACCUUACAAUACAUAUGAGAAAGCACACUGGCGAAAAGCCAUUCACAUGUUCACUUUGUUCUUUGAAGUUCACUCGAAAGUAUAGUUUGAUUGUACACCUCAGAAAACACACGGGUGAGAUGCCAUUCUCGUGUUCUUUAUGUUCUGCUAAGUUCGCAAUAAAGAGAUAUUUGAUUCUACACAUCAGAACACACACUGGUGAAAAGCCAUUCUCAUGUUCAUUGUGUUCUUCUAAGUUCAUUGAAAAGAGUGCACUUAAGGUUCAUGUAAGAAAACACACUGGUGAAAAGCCAUUCUCAUGUUCAUUAUGUUCUUCUAAGUUCAGUACAAAUAGUGACCUUAAGAUACAUACGAGAAUACACACAGGUGAAAAGCCAUUUUCAUGUUCAUUGUGUUCUUCUAAUUUCAUUUCUAAAAGUUACCUUAAGGUACAUAUGAAAAUACACACAGGUGAAAAGCCAUUUUCAUGUUCAUUGUGUUCUUCAAAGUUCAUUGAAAAGAGUGCACUUAAGGUUCAUGUAAGAAAACACACUGGUGAAAAGCCAUUCUCAUGUUCAUUAUGUUCUUCUAAGUUCAGUUCUAAAAGAUACCUUAAGGGACAUAUGAAAAUACACACAGGUAAAAAGCCAUUUUCAUGUUCAUUGUGUUCUUCUAAGUUCAUUGAAAAGAGUGCACUUAAAGUUCAUGUAAGAAAACACACUGGUGAAAAGCCAUUCUCAUGUUCAUUAUGUUCUGCUAAGUUCAGUACAAAUAGUUACCUUAAGAUACAUACGAGAAUACACACAGGUGAAAAGCCAUUUUCAUGUUCAUUGUGUUCUUCAAAGUUCAUUGAAAAGAGUGCACUUAAGGUGCAUGUAAGAAAACACACUGGUGAGAAGCCAUUCUCAUGUUUAUUUUGUUCUGCUAAGUUCAGUGAAAAGCGUUCACUUGGUAGGCAUCUAAAAACUCAUGGAUGAAAAUACAUUCUCAUGUUCCCUUAAGUGCAUUGAAAAUAAUGAACUUACUAAACAUAAGAGAAAAAUCACUGGUUUUAAGCCACUCUCAUGUGCAAAUUGUUUAGCUAAAUUUUGUGAAAGGAGUUUGUUUAGUAAGCAUCUAAUUAAACCUAUGGGUGUGAAGCCUUACUGAUGUUAAAUUUUUUCUACUAGUUUCAGUGAAAAUAUCUUAGAAGGCCUAUAAAAAAAACAUCCAGGUGAACUGCAUUCUCAUAUUAAAAUUUUCUUCUAAGUAUGCUAAACAGUGUACUUUGAAUCUUCUCUUGUGUACACACAAUUGUAAAAAGAAAUUCUGUGUUUAUUAUACUCUCCGGCAUUCAUUUCAAUGAAUUAUUUGAUUAUUUACCUUUUGAUUCACCAGCAAGAAGCCAUUUAAUUUUAUUUUGUUGUAAUUACUUAAAUAAUGUAGUUCUUGAAAUAAAUAAUGUAAGAAGUACUUUAAAAGUGGUUUAUGUGUUUAUAAUGUUAUGCUAGGUUUACCGAAAGUUAAGAUUUAAAAUUUACAAUAUAAGAACACAAACUGUUUAUUCAACAUUCUGUUUGUUAAGUCGUUUAAAGUUUCGUCAAAGAAUUGUCAUCAAUGGACAAUCGGAACAGGCAUAGGUGAGACGGCACUUGAGAGAUGAUAAUGUUCUGCCUGCAUUCAGUUGUGAGCUGGUUGUUGACUUGUACCUGAUGAGUUGAUAACUGAUGUGUAUCAUUUGUUAAGCUGUGUUCUCCUCAGAGACAUCCAGGUGUGCACCUACAUAGUAUUUCACAUGUACAACCAAUUAAUUAAAUAUAUUGUUAAAAACAAUAUAACUCCCUAACAUGAAUAUAGUUGAAUAAAACAUAUUUGUACAAAUUUUA